AUGGGAAUAAUAGAAGUUGUGAUUCUACUGAUAUGGCUAAAGGUUCCGGUGGCUGUCCUAAAUCAGCCACCCAAGGGCCAUGAGUAUACUCGCUUGGAACUACCAAGGGCUGGGGGCGACUUCAAUGAUCUUCUAUCUCAACAGGAGAAACAAGGAGGUAACCUACACACUAUCAGAAGAGUGCUUAAUUUUCAACAAUUUGUCUCUGACUAUGAGCUAAUGGGUAUUGAAGCUAAAGGUGCAAGAUUCACUUGGUGUAAUCAAAGAAUUGGCGGUAACCAUGUUAAAGAAAGAUUAGAUCGUGCUCUCUGUAAUGAUAUUAGGACUCCAAAAGCCUUCGAAUUUGAGGCUGUCUGGGCUUCUCAUCCAGAGUUCGUGGAUAUAAUAAAAGAUUGUUGGCAGAUAGAAGAUGUUGAGGGAUCUAAUGGGGUGGUAUCUUUUAUUAACUGUCUUAACAGUUGCAGAGUUAAACUUAUUAAAUGGAGCAAAGAGAAGUUUCCAAACAAUAGGAAACUUAUUGCCAAUUUGAUAGCAAAAAUUGAAGAUCUAAAGGCUGAAGUUUAUACAGCUGAAUCAAAGUGUAAUAUUGAGCGUUUGACCUCUGAAACUACUGUGGUUCGAAGGCAACAGAAUUUAAUUGUUAAGCUGAAAGACAAUCUGGAUAACUGGAUUGAGAAAGAAGAUGAAAUAGAGAGUUUAAUUGCAGAUUUCUACUCUUCUCUCUUUACCAGCAGCCCCCAAGGCCACUUUGAUACAGUCAUCUAUUACAUUCAACCAAGAAUCUCAGAUUUCCAGAAUCAAUUGCUAACUCAGCCUAUCUCAAAAAUAGAGGUGAAAGAGGCUACUUUCCAGCUUGGAGCUUUUAAGGCACCGGGCCCUGAUGGAUUCAAUGGUCACUUUUACCAUGUUUUCUGGAAUGAGGUUAGAGUUUCUCUUCUCAAAAUGGCUAGAAGUUUCUUUAAAAAUGGUGAUUUUGUGGGUCCUUUAAAUGAAACAAACUUGAUCUUAAUACCCAAAGUUGAUGUUCCUAAAAUGGUCUCUCAAUUUAGACCAAUUAGCUUAUGUAAUUUUGCUUAUAAAAUCAUUGCUAAAGUUCUGGCUAAUAGACUGAGAGUGGUUUUGGAUAGUUGUAUUUCUGAGCACCAAAGGGCUUUUGUCCCUAAUAGACUUAUCCAAGAUAAUAGUAUAAUUGUCCAUGAAGCAUUCUAUUAUCUGAAAAAUAAGAAUUUCGGAGAUAAAUUUGAAUUGGCUUUGAAGAUGGACAUGAAUAAAGCCUAUGAUAGGUUGGAAUGGAAUUUUAUUGAAGAGGUUAUGCUAAAGAGGAAUUUCUACUCUAAAUGGGUUAACUGGAUCAUGAAUUGUGUUCGUAGUGUAAAGUUUAAUAUCCAAAUGUCAGGGAGAAAGAUUGCUUCUGUUAUUCCUCAGAGGGGUCUUAGACAGGGAGAUCCUCUCUCUCCUUAUCUGUUCAUUUUGGCUUCUAAAGCUCUUUUCUCUAUGAUAUCCUUCCAUUCUAGCCAUGGCAACUUAUCUGGAAUCAACAUUACUAAAGGUGGCCCGAUGAUCACUCAUAGUUUGUUUGCUGAUGAUACUAUCAUCUUUCUAAAGGCUAACUUAGAUAAUUGUAGCCUAUUUAUGAAAUUGUUGCAGGAUUAUUGUAAUGUUUCGGGACAGAGGGUGAAUUAUGAUAAAUCUAGCCUUUUCUUCUCAAAGAACACUCCGAAUGAAGUGAGGACUAAUAUUGUGGAAUGUUUGAAUAUUGCUGAGGUGGACAACCCAGGUAAAUACCUAGGUUUACCUAUCCUUUGGGGUAAAUCUAAAAAUGCUGCUUUAGCCUAUGUCUGUGAGAGGAUGGGUAGGAAAGUGCAAGGAUGGAGGAAGAAAUGCUUAUCUUUUGCUGGCCAUGGUAAUAAAAUCCACUGGACAUCCUGGAAAGCUUUAACCAAAUCUAAAAAGGAAGGAGGAUUGGGCUUUAAAGACUUUAUGGGUUUCAAUAAUGCUUUACUUGCCAAAACUGCAUGGCGUAUUUUGCAUAAUCCUGACAGUCUCUGGGUUGGUACUAGGCAUUAUAUUGAUGUUUGGAAAGACCCUUGGAUUCCUGGUAUGAAAAAAUUUAAAAUGCCACUGGAUAAUGCUCCUUCUAUCAAUGAAGAUAUGGUGGUUGCUCAGCUGAUUCAAGAUAGACAAUGGAAUCUUCAUGCUAUCUCCAAUCUAGUGGAAGAAUCUGUUCUUAAAUGUAUUCGUGAGAUUCCCCUAUCUAGUACCCCUCGAGAUGAUUCUUUAUUAUGGGCCCCUGCUAAGAAUGGAAUUUACAAUGUCAGGGCUGGUUACAAAUUGAGCCAUGCUGCUACUAAUGGCAGAAUUAUGGCUACUCGAGCUUCUGUCUCCAGGAAAGUAGAGCCAAGUAUAUGGUCAGCUGUAUGGAAACUGAAAGUCAUUCCAAAAAUCAGAAGCUUUAUCUGGAGAAUCCUUAAUAAUGCUUUGGCCUCUAAGGAUGCUUUAUUCAAACGGAAAUGUGCCACAAACCCAGUCUGUCCAGUUUGUGGAGAUGAUACUGAGACUUUAGAACACUUUUUUCUGCUUUGUGAAUGGGUUAAAGUUGCUUGGCUUGGUAGUGUUAUGGGCCUCAAUAUUUCCCCUCUGAACAUCCAGAAUAUCUCUUUCUGGCUUGAGCAGUUUCUAUUGAUGAUCGAUACUGAGUUAGACUAUGGUAAAGCAUAUAUAAGCACUAUGCUGUGGUCUAUUUGGAAAUUACGUUGUAAAUGGAUUUUUGAACAGGUUCUCCCAAAACCAGAAGAAACCAUCGAGAUGACUAAUCGAACUAUGCAAGAAUACUGGAAUGCAAACUCCCUGCUCCCUAAAGUACCUAGCUAUGUGAUGCCCAAAGCUUCCUUUAAGUGGAGGAAACCACAAGCUAACUCAUUCAAGAUAAAUUGUGAUGAUGCUUUUAAUAAUUCUAAUGGAAGAGCUGGUAUAGGAGUUGUUUGUAGAAAUUCUGAGGGGUUAUUCAUUAAAGGCUGGGCUGAGAAAGUAAGUGCUCAAUCGGCAUUCCAAGUAGAACUCUUAGCUGCUCUAAAGGUUGUCUCUCUAGCAACUCAAUGGCAACACUUCCCGGUGAUUAUUGAAAUGGAUUGUAAGGAUCUUUUCUCUGCUAUUACUCAAAAAUAUUUGCUUCUUUGUCCGUGGCUACUCCAAGGCUUGCUUGCUAAGUUGUUUGCAAUGGUGAAUGAUCGAAGUUCUAUUUGCUUCUCUCUCAUUCCUCGUGAGGGAAAUGCUGCUGCCGAUUUCCUGGCUGCUAUAGCUUCAAAGGAGUUGGGACCUAACAGUCUAAUCUUGGUAUCUCCACCUCCUCUAGCUGAUAUCAUUUUUCAUGAAGCCACUGUUGCUAAUGAAUUCAGUUUUGACCAGCACGUUGAAGAGAAUGACAGGGAAGGGACCAGUUGA